AUGUCCACCACGAACCCCCCAAAGAAAGACCACUGGACCGCCCAGGCCUACAAUUCCACCGCAGCCUUCGUCCCCAAACUCACCACCACCGUAACCUCCUACCUGGACCCCCAACCCAGCGACCGAAUCCUCGACAUCGGCUGCGGCGACGGCGAACUCACGUCCCAAAUCUCCACCAGACUGGAUGCAUCCCAGGGGGGCAGCAUCCUCGGCGUCGACUCCAGCAUCUCGUUCAUCCAGACCGCAAAGGAGAGAUAUCCCCACAUCCCCUUCCUGCUCCACGACGCCACGCUUCUCGACACGUGCAAGGAUCUCUCCCCCUCCUCCUCCUCCCGCGAAGGAGGACCCUGGGAUAAGAUCUUCUCCAACGCGGCAAUGCACUGGAUCCUCCGCCCCCCUCAGACUCGCCGCAAGUUCUUCGAGUCCUGCCAUUCCCUCCUCCGACCCUCCGGGACGCUGGUCUUCGAACAGGGCGGCCACGGGAAUGUUUCGGAGAUCCUGACCGCUUCCAUCGCCGCUCUGACACACCAUGGCGUUCCUCUGGAGACGGCGAGGGAAGCUUCGCCCUGGUUUUUCCCUUCCAAGGAUUGGAUGCGGAGGAUGCUCGAGGAGACGGGAUUCGAAGUCGUCGAGUUAGAAACGGAAUAUCGCCCCUCGAGAGUGGAAGAUGUAGAGGGGUGGGUUCGUCUCAUGUGUGCUGAGUUUCUGGAAUUCGCACCGGAAGGGACCAAGGAGAGCGUCGUGAGGGAGAUCUGUGAGCUGGUCGACGCUGCGAUCACGAGGGAGGAAGACGGGAGUACAUGGCUGGGUUAUUUGAGGUUGAGAGGAGUGGCAAGAAAGAAGUAG